AAACAAAAAGCCUCUCUCUCUCUCUCUCUCUCUCUCUCUCCUCUAAAUCUUCACACCUCUCUUCCUGAUUCUCUCUGUCUCUCUCUCCCCUGCUUUCGACCUUGAUUCUCUCUCUCUCUCUCUCUGGUUCAGAUCUCAAAAACCUGUCUGUUUCUUAAAAAAUGUAAUCCCCAUCCUCUCUGCCUGCCUUGAAUUGGUUUCUCGGCUGGGUUUUCAUCAUAAUGAUGGUAUAUACAGCUCAAAAGAAGAAGACACUCCACGCAAAGCUUGCGAGCAAGCUGAGCAAGCUCACAAUCCCAGAAUCCUCAUCUUCUUCCCCAUCCCAAGACUUCGAUUUCUCCGAUGUAUUCGGCCCUCAACCCUCUUCUUCAUCUUCGUCUUCCUUACUCCCCUCCUCCGAAGACGACCCCCAGAUCAUCCACCACCGCUCCCACUCCUUCGUCGGCCCUUCCCCCCGAUUCACACGCUCCAAUUCUCUCCCUUUCAAGUCCUUCGACCCUGUUCUCGAUUCCGAUAGCUCCGAAGAAGACGAGAUUAUUGGAGGUGGAAAUACUCCAAUUGAAGAAGCCCAUUCCCCCCAUGUGGUGCUGGUGGAAAAGGGGAAAGAGGAGGUGCGUAAGAUUGGGCCUGGGGAUUUUGAGAUUUUGAGGGUUGUGGGUAAGGGUGCUUUUGGGAAGGUGUUUCAGGUGAGGAAGAAGAUUCAUGAUGUGGAUGAAAAUGGUGUUGGUAGUAGUGGGGAUGAUGGGAUAUUGGCUAUGAAGGUGAUGAGGAAGGAGACUAUUAUCAAGAACAAUCAUGUGGAUUACAUGAAGGCUGAAAGGGAUAUACUCACUAAAGUUGUGCAUCCCUUUAUUGUCCAGCUUAGAUAUUCUUUUCAGACAAAGUCUAAGCUGUAUUUGAUCCUGGAUUUUAUAAAUGGAGGACAUCUCUUCUUUCAUUUAUACCGGCAAGGAAUUUUCAGUGAGGAUCAGGCAAGGAUUUAUACUGCUGAGAUAGUAUCUGCUGUUUCACACCUCCACAAGUGCGGAAUUGUGCAUCGGGAUCUUAAACCUGAAAACAUUCUCAUGGAUGCCGAUGGACAUGUUGUGCUCACUGAUUUUGGACUGGCAAAGGAAAUCGAUGAAUCAAGCAGAUCAAAUUCAAUGUGUGGUACAACGGAAUACAUGGCUCCAGAAAUCCUUCUUUCUAAAGGCCACAAUAAAGAUGCAGAUUGGUGGAGUGUUGGGAUACUCUUGUAUGAAAUGCUAACCGGGCAGCCCCCAUUCACUCACGCAAAUAGAAAGAAGCUUCAGGAGAGGAUUAUCAAUGAGAAAGUGAAGCUUCCACCACGCUUAACUAGUGAAGCUCAUUCCUUGCUCAAAGGACUGCUGCAAAAGGAACCAUCAAAAAGGUUUGGCAGUGGGCCUAAGGGAGCUGAUGAGAUCAAAAGUCAUAAAUGGUUUCGCUCAAUCAACUGGAAAAAAUUGGAGGCUAGAGAAAUGCAGCCCAAGUUCAAGCCAGAUGUGAGUGGAAAAGACUGCACAGCCAAUUUUGACAAGUGUUGGACAGCAAUGCCUCUGGAUGACUCACCAGCUCCCACACCAACAACAGGCGAGCAUUUCCAGGGGUAUACAUAUGUGGCCCCUAAUCCUUGGCUUUCCUCUACGUGAAUUGAAGGAUCAUUGAUGCAAGCAAGCAAUCCAGUUUAUGGACUUAAGUUCUGUAAGUUUAUUAAUUUUGUUUUUCUCCAACUAAGAAAAUGGGGAAAAAAUUGUAAUCUCAUAUCUCAUGUACAAUAUAUUUAUACUUUUCUUGUCAAUGUAUUUGUAGUUUCCUUUUGUUGUUU